AUGGCAGCAGGUGCCGCAGCGGGGGUUCAAUUAAACAUAGUCGAGAAUCAGAGACAGUCGAUGAUCCGUCGUCCGGGCUGCACAGGCGCGCAAGUUCGACUAAGAAAUAGGCUGGCAGAUGGAAGCAGGGCGAGAAAGAGCAAGGUCAUCAGGCGCUCGAUAACGCUGAAAAGUCUUGCUGCUGACUUCGAAGUUCUCAAGAAUGAGGUGCAAGAUCUCAAGAAGGAGCUCGUCUCUUCCCAAUCCCUGCCGAACAAACGGUAUCCGAAAAAGCGUGUCACGUUCCAAGACAAUGUCAGCUAA